AAUUUAUGUGGUGUUGUGCGCGCAACUUGUUACAUAGCUCGCAAAAGUGGCGACAAAAAAGCGGUUUGACAAGACAAUUGAGUUUUUCCUAUGUUGCGACACAAUGGACCAGCAAUGAUGAACACAGGGAACAACACCAAACUCAAUGUAAUGAACACUAACGGUUGUGUUUCAACAUCCGGCAGCCCAAUGGACGCAUUGCCCAAACAGUUUGUUGCUUCAAUGAAGACACUCUUCGACAUAUUGGACGACCAGCAUACAGGCUUUGUACGAUUUUUAGACAUUGAGAAAGGUUGGCAAGACGAUGGCUGCAAGGGAUUACCACACGGUGUAAUUGAUUCGCUGCGCAAAGUUACGCCUACAAGUGGACUGUUGUCAUUUGAUCGUUUCUGCGCUGGUUUGAAAUUAUGUCUGUUACGUAAUCAAAGUACUGCCAUCACCAAUGCAUCGUCAGGCGGAAACGAUGGGUCGGCGCAUAAUGUGGUCUCACCAAACAAACCGCCCCGACCGCCCUCUGCGCCGCUUUUAGAUGUUGAUAGUACUGUGCAUGGCGCUACAGCCUGGGGUGGGAACGCCACAACUGUCGCCGUACGUCCAAAUAAAAUUGUCACUGCACAUCGGGCACUCAGCUUGCCACAGUUGAGUCCAGACUGCGAUUUGGAGACGGAAAUAAUAAGCACUGAUAUUGGUGUUUACAAUUCACCACCACCACCACCGAAACCACCACGCGCUUCCGCUGCUGCGCAGAUUGGAGUGCCAAGUUCGACAGUUACACCGCUGGAUAAGGCUGAGAUACGGCAUGCUUUACAAAAUUGGCAAAUGGGUAUACUAUUGAACGAAAUGGGAACUAAUGAGAAACGUAGUUCUGGAUAUAUGUACAAUCAAUUCCCAUAUCGAGGUUGUGCCGAUGGCGGGUCCUCGUCAACAACUGAUAGUGUUACAGGGAAUGUAGGAACUCUACAUCCAAAAAAGAGCAAUUCAAAGCGAAGAGAACCCCGCCGCCAUACACUGCAGAAUGGCAUUGACUACAAUAUGCUAAAACGCUUGAAACAAUUCGAGGAGGAACGCGAAGUUCUCUUAACGGGUUUGGAUGCUGUAGAGAAGGCGCGUGACUGGUACCUCCAACAAGUAAACAAUGUCCAAGAAAAGAUUAAAUAUUUGGGUCGAAUGGGGCACGUCGAGCAAUGGUCAGAAGUGCAACAAGAACGUUUGGAAUUCCAACGCGCACGUGUGUAUGAAGUAAAUCGAAAUUUAACAGCUCUUGCUGAUUGCUGGGAACGUGGAGGAUUUCCCCUACACUUUAACCUCGCUAUUAGGCCUCCCGGUAAAGCACCGAGUCAGCGAAAUGUCAAUAAUGGAGGGCUAUUUCAACCAGUGGAUCGCCUGCGUCAACAAAAUCACAGCCUUACUAAUGAGGUGAACUUAAAAAGUGACCGAAUAGCAUUGCUAGAGCGUGAAAAACAAUCGCUUAUGAGGGAGUUGUACGAGUUGAGGCAAAGGGUUGGAUUAGUUGGAAGAGGUUCUGGAUUUGUUACUGUCCUAGGUCAAUCGUCUCCUUCGUCGUCUGGAGGGCUUGGAGAGGUGGAUGUUGUAUUUUAAUUUAAAAAAUAAGAUAAAUUGUUUUUAUCUUAAAAAUAUUUGAUCAGAUAAAUAAAUAAACGGUCAUCUAUACACAAUGUACA